CGGAGAGCAAAAUGACAGCUGGUUUGUUUUUAUUAACAAGGAAAAUCAAAGUAGACAUCAAAGUGUCAUGUGGUGAACGGUCCUUCCUGUCCUGGUCUGCCUUGAGCAACUGACCACAAAGGGAACAGCAAUUCUUCUGGGGACAUCUAGCCAGCACUGGAGCCAUCAUCAGAACAAGACAGUGAGCUGUGAAAGUGGUCAAGUCAAAGAAAAGGUCUCUUCAGGUGAGGGGGGGGGGCUGUUCAGCAGGACGGAGCCAUGGAGCCUCCACAGGACGAGUUUGGCCGUACCUUUGUCGAGGUCAUGAGUGAAAAGUACAGCCCAGAGAACUUUCCUGUACGCAGAGGGCCCGGUAUGGGAGUGGUGGUGGUGCCCAUAACAUGUCCUCAAGGCUCCCCUAUGAAAGACCGUCUGAACCUGCCCAGUAUUCUGGUGCUGACCGGCUGUGGGAUCAACAGGGCCGGAGACCAGGCUGAGAUUGCUGCUUUCUGCGCCCAUGUCAUAGAGCUGGACCUGUCUCACAACAAGCUGCAGGACUGGCGUGAGAUCAGUAAAAUCGUGUCUAACAUCCCCAACCUGGAGUUCCUGAACCUGAGCUCAAAUCCCCUGGGAGGAGUGACCCUGGAGCCGCGAUGGGCUGAAUGCUUCUCCCGGGUCAGACGCCUCGUCCUCAACAACACCCAGGUGUCCUGGGACACCGUGAUGCUGCUCACCACAGAGAUAACUGAGCUGGAGGAGUUGUUCCUGUGCCUUAAUGAGUACAGUAGUGUGAGUGCCUCCAGCAUGGCCUGCCCCACCCUGCGCCUCCUUCACAUCACCGACAACAGCCUCAAGGACUGGGCCGAGGUCCGUAAGUUUGGCCCCAUGUUCCCCAGUCUGGACACGCUCAUUAUGGCAAACAACAACUUGGCCUCCAUUGAGGACAACAAGGAUAUCCUGCUGCGGCUGUUCCCCAAACUACGCAGCAUAAACCUGCACAACUCAGGACUUAACCGAUGGGAGGACAUUGAGAAGCUCAACUUUUUUCCCAGGUUGGAGGAGGUGCGGCUGCAGGGUAUUCCCUUACUGCAGACCUACACCAACACAGAGCAACGCAGCCUCAUGGUAGCACAGCUUCCUUCAAUAUCACUGCUAAAUGGCAGUGCUGUGACUGACAGUGAGAGAGAAGACGCAGAGAGGUUCUUUAUCCGUUACCACUUAGACUACCCUGAGGAGGAGCUGCCUUACAGAUACCAUUCCCUGGUAACCAAGUAUGGAAAGCUAGAACCACUCGCUGAGAUCGACCUUCGACCUCGCUGUCGUGCCCAGGUGGAAGUUCACUGUGAGGAAAAAGUGGAACAGCUGAGCAUCCGUUUGGACCAGACAGUAGCUGAGCUGAAGAAGCAGCUGACAACAGUGGUCCAGCUGUCCACCAACAGCAUGAGGAUCUACUACAUCGACAAGUGCAGCGCUUUCGGACCAGAGGAAAUGAAGUACAACACCCGGGCUCUGCACUCCUACAGCAUUCAGGAUGGUGAUGAGAUACUGGUGGUGCCCAAGACCAAGUUAACAGCUGGUUUCCAACUGGCGAAAUAGGGUGAUGAUUGAUUAAUUUGAUUAUGGGUAAACUGGAAUCAGGAAAUAAGUUGAAAACCCAUAUGGAACAGCAACAGCGGCCCCGCGUUUUGAACACCAUCAUGGAGACUGCACGGUUGACUACAGUGGGCCACUCUGAGGCUGGAAAUACAGCCCUUCACAUAUUUAUUUUUUUUCAGCUUAAUUUGAGGGCAUCCACUGGAGUGUGUAGACAAUGCUAGCAGUUUAAACAGAGAAGAUGGCGCUUCUUUAUCGGCAAAGCUUUGCUGCAGCUCUAUUACUGUACCAAACAAAUGCCUAGUCAAGUAUACAAAGCCACCACCUUCCCCACUUUUAGCAAAAACUACCAUCAUUAUUUUUUAUUUGGGCAUAAUAUAGUUGUUGAAGGUAAAUCCUGCUUGUUAAAUGGUGGUAAUGAAAAUGCCAUUUUGUUUUGGGUGGUGUUUUUUUCAGAAUUUUAUGAAUGGUUGCCAAAGGUAGAAGAUGCUACAUCACAUUAUGGUUGUUUGACAAAAUACCAAUAGAAUCAAAAAACAUGGAACUAUUUCUAGAUCCGUUAUGACGAUCAACAGUUGUUUGUCAUAAAUAGAGUAUAUCAAAUCUAAAUCCUCUAGGAAUGCCCAAUGACUUGGGACAUAUGAAAAUACUAUACUUUAAAAGUUAGAAGAAAAUACACAAAUAUAAAAUUGUGAUUAACUACGUAAGUGUAAUAACUGGACGCAAGAUCCUCCUGUCCAUUCUGAGUUUGUGUACCCUCCUGGCUUCAAGUUUCAACAUCAUAGUUUUGUAAGUUUACUUUGCAUCAGGAUUGGCUUGCAAACCAAACCAUGUGCUAAAGUGAUAUUUAAGAAGAGCACAAAAAAACCUUCAGCAGAUAAAUGUAAAAAUUGCUGUCUAGAGUUAAACCCUGCACAGUGGACAAAAAAGCAACAAUAGGUCAAUCUGAAGGAGAACUUUAAAUAAAGUCGCAAUUGGUAAGACAGGUUUAAGAGAAUAUUGGUCGUACAAAAAGGAAAAUAACACCACUUUCACAAAAUGGCUUCAGGAGUGCAAUGAACAUAAAUUGAAGAUAUUGUGUAAAGAAAGUAUGCAGUGUUUUAGGGUUGAUGUUUCCUUUCUCCUUUAUUUGUUUUUUCUACAAUAUUUUUCUGGACUUACGCUUAAGAUAAAUGUACCCUGGGGAGUCCUGUUGGGAUAUGGGUGGAGCUGUGUCCCAACUAUUGUCAGGAAGUCAAGCAUGUAUGUAGUUGUAUGCAGAUGGUGUAGUUGUGUUGCGUAUGAUGUUGUGUUGGCUUCAUCAGACUGCAGCCUCCAGCACGCCCUGGGGCAGUUUGUAGUUUGGUUGAGAGCCAUAGGCCAUAGUCGGACAUAUCUUUAUUUCUCCCACUGUGUUGGGUGUGAGUUACUGCUUUAAGCGAAGGAGUACAAGCCUGCCAUCAAGGAUUUUUUGCUUAGGAAGGUUGCUAACUAGUUGUUAUGACCUGGAAGUAUCUACCUGGCAGCCUUGAUAAGAGCUGGUUGAGUUCUCUAAAUGCUAGGGGAAGGUCAUGUGUUGCUUCUGCUCUUAAGUCCUUUAGCAUAGGUUGCAUUGGACUAUCCUUUACCAAAGGAAACAAGAUUAUGCCUUCCCAAGUUAAAUAAAAUCUGCUUGCCAUAAUUCAUUUGCCUAAGGUAAGUGCAGUCAGAUUCUCUUAGCACCACAGUGGUCUUUUGUCCCAAAUUACGUUUUCCAUUCACAACAAUGAAAACUGGGAUUUGAUUUAUUUUCUUGAUUAUUUAUUUCUUUAUUUGUCUUGUUCACAAAACAAAGUUUCCAUCAUAUGGUGGCUUGGCUCAUCAUUAGAGAUAAUUAGUUUCUGAUGUUAUCAGCCCAUGAAUGAUUGUUAUUAGUUGUCAGUUGAAAUGGUUUAGGGUAAAAUGCAACUAACUGUACAAAGGGAAAGAGAAAUGAACUACUCGUACUCAGGCCACAAAGGUAAUAGUUAUGUUUAGGAAAAAAUCAUGGGGUGGGUUUAAAUAAGUGUUUUGUAAUGUAGCGUUCUGUAACUUAAAAUGAGUCAUUGUGCUUAGUUCAAUUUUAAAAUGUAACACCAACAACAAUGUGCUGGUUGUAUUUCCUCCUGUCAUAGUGUAUUACGGCCACUAUCAUUUGGUAAAGUCCUAUUCCUAUCAGUGAUGGAACAUUGAAAUAGGUUAUAAGGACCUUCUGAAUCUUCUAGUAGGUGGAGCAAUUAACAAUGUAGCUGCUGGCCCCGGCCGUGGAGUAACUGGUUGGGGCACCUGCACCGUACGCUGGCGACCCGGGUUCGAUUCCCGACCCGUGGUCCUUUCCGGAUCCCACCCCGACUCUCUCUUCCACUUUCCUGUCACUCUCCACUGUCCUAUCCGAUUAAAGGCAAAAAGCCCCCAAAAAUAUGUUAAAAAAAACAAAAACGAUGUAGCUGCUAACUACUGAUAACACCCAUCCAACGGGUCGAUAACAUCUGAAUAAGGUUUAGAGAUUCAGGAGCUCAUAAAUUUGACGGAAGCUCGGAUUAUAGCUGUUGCACUUUGCGUCGAAUUCGAAAGGACCCAGUUGAGGUGGUUUUAGUAUCUGAUAAGGAUGCCUUCUGGGCUUCUGGGAAAGAAACAGAAGUGCUGGAGCAAUAAAAUAUCUCAUCUGGCUAUGGAUUGCCCCAUGAUUCCUAGGGAGGGGCUAGAAAACUUUGAUGGGAAUAGGGACCUCUGGAUUGCCUUUCUUAGCCAUCUGACACUACGAACCGGCUAAGGGUUAAUGGCAGUAAAUGGAUGAAUCUAUUCUUUUUUUUAUCACUGACCAACAUCUGUGUUUGCUAUCACAAAUCCAAUUCUGUAUGCACACAGGUGUACACUCACACAUGCCAACACAGGUUAUCUGUUGUGUCAUGCCAUGUGAUGCCCCCCUACAGCUUUCAUUGUUGCUCUGCCGAUGCAGUAAACUGACUAGAUGGGUUUUGUUUAUUAUAAGGAAUGAAUUGACGCAUAAUACACAUAUAGAGUGGUGCAGUGCAGGGCCGGCCCUGGGCAUAGGCAGUAUAGGCGAAUGCUAAGGGCGCAUCCAUCCAUGGGGGGCACCGUAAAUUGGGGGGAAGACAAAAAAAUUAAAUCGUUUUAAACUAUUAACGUUGUUUCAAAAUACGCCUACAUUGCGUACAGCGCCCAUAAACUAUGGCGCGCCACCACCGCUAAGCUAUUGGCAGACUUCUGUUCUGUGGACUGACGCCUUAUUAUGUUAGUUAUUAUGUCGCUUGUUAGCAACUGCCAAUUUAUAGUACAUAAAGCUUGUGUACACCACAGACACUAUUUCAGGCUUCUAACCAAAAAGUGCAAAAAAAAAAAUGACUUUGAGAUGAGGGAAAGGGAAGUGGAUAAAUGCUCACCAAUUUCUGUGUUUCUCAUUCCUCCACCACUCUAUUAGGGUGACCAAAAGACUCCCAAGCACAUUCCGUAAUGGAGAAUUUUAAAGACAUAACUUCUCUCUCUAUAACAUCAUGCAAGUGCAGGUAUGAUUGCAUUUAUUGAUCCAUCUAUCCCUCCAUUAGCUAGAAGUCCUUAUCCAGAUCAUGAGACUUUAUUUGAGCACAUUCUUGGAAGUAAGAUGAGGUUGAGACUUGAUGGCUGUAUAAAUGUUCUAGUUUUUGCUGUUAUCUAUUUGUAUGUUAUUAUUUAGGCUUUUAAGAUGAAAUCACUACAUUUUUCAAGCUCUAUCUGCUUGAUUGUCUCAUCUCAUACGAUUUCCUUUUACUUUACCUUACGAUACUGAUCUAGUGUUAAUUAUCUUUAAAAUGCUUAAUCAAUGCACUUUCUUUUCCAUGUAUGUAAGAUAUUCUAGAAUAUAAUAUAUUAAUGUUCCUCACUGAUGUGCAUGCAUAUGCACCUUUAAACUGCACACUUCAGUGAAAGACGUACAUUUAUGCCUCAAUAUCAUUGCGUCAUCUUCUUCACUUGAGUUCACAUUUCAAUCCAUCCUACACAGAAUCUCUCUCACCAAAUCUCAUUGGGUAUUAUUAUCAUAAUGUGGAAUGUAUACAGUAUGUAUUGAUUUUAUCAUCCAACAUGCACCUAGUGUAAGAGAAGUAUUGACGUGGGAUGUUUGGUGCUAUUGAUUUUUCCUAUAGCAAGCAGCUUAACAGAGAAAGAAAUUCCAGUCAUUGCACGGUGUUAUGACUACAUAGUUGAAAUGUCAAGCCACUUAUUUAAAUAUUCAAAUUAAGUUUUUGUACUUUCAGUUCAUCCACUGUUUAAGUGUUAUGGUGUUUUUACUUUGGUUUUAACCUCAAAAUGUUAUCAAUAUGCCCAAUAUGUAUAACUAUUUCCUUCCUGACUGUUGUAAUUUGUUUAAUUUAUGAAGAAUUCUGCUAUACUCGAAUAUUAGAAGGUGUGAUUAAAGACCUAAGGAGACGGUGUAUUGGAGCAAUGACAUACAGCAGGUUAUAGGGAAAGAAUAACAGCACUGAGACUUGUUUCCCAAUUAUAGUGUUGAAUGAAUAGCAUAGCUUGAACCACAGCGAUAUAGUAUUCAGCAUAGUGAGAGGCAACAGUGCAGUGCUGGCACCAACACCAAGUCUGAAUUUAGUAAUAGUGUAUGUGCUUAUCUGUGUGAAAUUUGUUUGAAAUGAGAACAUGUAUUAUGUAAUAAUUUGCAGCAGGGGAUUUUGUUUUGGUAUGCAUGUUUUUUUAAUGUACUUCCGUUAUCAGUCCCACAGAACUACACUGUAAGGCCUUCUUUGACUGCCUUUUAUUUGUCAAUUAAAAUGUUUUAAGAAGACAUUCAAACCAAGACAGGGAAAACAAAUCCACCAUCAGUAACCUCAAUACAGCAGAAAAGCAGUACAAACACUUUGCAUGUUAAGAUUGUAGUUUUCAUUGUUGGUUAUCUCUAUUUGCAACCGCUAUACAUAUUACUUUUAUUUACUUUCACUGCUUUAAUAAAUAUGACAGAUUAAUAUGACUUUUAAAUUAAUAGUAUAAUCUCAAACCUUCUGUUAAAGGCCGGCAUGCUUACGCUAAACAUGAAGCUACAGCUAGUGGACGGUUAGCUUAGCAUAAAGACUGGAAAUUGUUGGAAACAGCUCAUCUGGCUCUGUCCAAAAGUGUUUUAACCUUUACUAAGUUGUUCUGCUAAGCUUAACAAAGCUAAGCUAAUAAGCUGCUUUAUGUACAUACACAUUAAGCGUACACGAGUGUAAUAUCAAUUUUCUCAUCCUAUUCCCUGCCAAACGUUUAGACUGUUUCAUCUAAGGAAUCAUCAAGUGUGUGAAAAGGCAAUCUUAACAAAUUACAGGAAUUCAUCAAUUAAAUUACUUCCUGUGGAGCAAUUGAGAGGGCGAUAUGGCUUUUAUUUCAAAACCCUCUCUACCGCUCAAGGUGGUUCAUUUUUUAAGAAAAAAUUCAACCAACAUGAUGCAUGCAUUGAUGAGCUCUAUCUGCUUUGUUAAGGUUAAAUGAUCACAUAUAAUGCUUAACAUCUGGAAGCCGCAGCACAGCACAUCCUGUCUAAAUGGAGACCUGCAGAAAUAAAUAGGCACUUGAUAUUAGGGAUGUAUCAAUAUAUGCACUGUUUCAGUCAUCGUCUGCCUCGUAAAGUACUGCACCAGAGCUCAUGUGACUCUCAGAAGGCUUUAUUUGUCAUUAUUUACAGUGUUAUAGAAUUUGGUUGGGCUAAAUUGUGAACAGGUUUCAUCCUUGCUCAGCCUUAUAUACCAGUAUUAAGCUAAUCACUUACUCUAUUAUGUAACACAUGGCUGUUCAUAAUCUGUGGCAAUUAAAACAUUAUCUUUUUUUUGUUGGUAGGAACCUAUAUCAAGGAUUAAACAGACCAGAAUGAGUCAUCUUAAAUAUUAGCUUUAUGUAAAGAAAGUUAAAUAGUAAUAAAAGACAGUCUCCCUCCUCAA